GCCUCCCUCGUCGGCGUCGCCAUCCGUCCUCGGGGCCGGAAGCCCACGCAACUCGCUCCCAAAACCUCCAAAAAUUUAAGCCGAAAUCGUUGGCGUGUCCAAAUCGAAACGAACAGCUCGUCCUCCACCAUCAGCACCGCCUAUUAAGCUCUCCGCGCGCGACUCCCCACGCCACCUCACCUCCGCUCCGCCCUCUCCAUUCCGCCGCGAUCCUAUCGAGGAGUUGCUGAUUGCAGGCUCGUGAUCGUGGUGCCUUAAUUGGGCUCCUAUAUGGGUUCUGCUGUAACUGAAAGCAAUGAUACCUUGCUGGGAAAUGGAGUUGUUGGGAUUCUUGCCGAGACUGUUAAUAUGUGGGAAAGGAGGGCACCGUUAACUCCUUCCCAUUGUGCUCGUCUUCUUCUCGGAGGAGGCAAGAGCGGAACUAGAGUAAAUCGGAUCAUUGUGCAGCCAAGCACAAAGAGGAUCCAUCAUGAUGCUCAGUAUGAGGACGCUGGAUGCAAGAUUUCAGACGACCUGUCAGAGUGUGGUCUUAUUAUAGGCAUCAAACAACCAAAGUUACAAAUGAUUCUUCCAGAUCGAGCAUACGCGUUCUUUUCUCACACCCACAAGGCCCAGCAAGAGAAUAUGCCACUAUUAGAUAAGAUCCUCGAAGAAAGGGUGUCUUUGUUCGAUUAUGAGCUAAUCGUUGGAGAUAAUGGGAAAAGAUUGCUAGCUUUCGGGAAGUUUGCUGGUAGAGCUGGGCUGAUAGACUUCUUACACGGUCUUGGACAGCGAUAUUUGAGCCUUGGAUUCACAACUCCGUUUCUCUCGCUGGGGCGAUCUCAUAUGUAUCCUUCACUCGCUGCGGCCAAGGCUGCAGUCAUUGCAGUUGGUGAAGAGAUAGCAACAUUCGGACUCCCAUCUGGAAUUUGUCCGAUAGUGUUUGUAUUCACUGGAGUUGGAAAUGUUUCUCAGGGUGCGCAAGAGAUAUUCAAGCUAUUGCCCCAUGCCUUCGUUGAUGCUGAGAAACUUCCUGAAAUUUCUGCGGCCAGGAAGCUGUCUAAACAGUCUCAGUCAACCAAGAGAGUAUUCCAACUAUAUGGCUGUGUUGUGACUUCAAGAGAUAUGGUCUCUCACAAAGAUCCCAACAGACAUUUUGACAAAGCUGACUAUUAUGCUCAUCCAGAACACUACAUCCCUGUUUUCCAUGAAAGGAUUGCUCCGUAUGCAUCCGUCAUUGUAAACUGUAUGUACUGGGAGAGGAGAUUUCCACGAUUACUAAGCAUCAAUCAGUUACAACAACUGAUGAAGAAUGGUUGCCCUUUAGUUGGUGUUUCUGAUAUUACUUGUGAUAUAGGAGGUUCCAUAGAAUUUGUGAACAAGAGUACAUCAAUAGAGAGGCCUUUCUUCCGCUAUGAUGCUUCUACUCAUUCAUACCAUGAUGAUAUGGAAGGUGAUGGUGUGGUCUGCUUAGCUGUUGACAUUCUCCCUACAGAGUUUUCUAAAGAGGCUUCCCAGCAUUUUGGAGACAUGUUAUCUAAAUUUGUUGCUAGCUUGGCCUCGGCUAAGAGACUGGUGGAACUUCCUUCCUACUUGAGAAUAGCUUGCAUUGCACAUGCUGGCAGACUGACUUCUCUGUAUGAAUAUAUUCCUAGGAUGAGAAAGACUCUGGUAGAUUUGGCACCCAUCAGGGCAAAUCCAUUGCCUCAUAAGAAUUACAGCAGCCUGGUAUCUCUCAGUGGGCACCUCUUUGAUAAGUUCCUUAUAAAUGAAGCUUUGGACAUUAUUGAAACAUCUGGAGGUUCAUUUCGCUUGGUUAGAUGUGACGUUGGACAGAGUAUUGAUGAUAUGUCGUACUCGGAGCUUGAAAUAGGAGCAGAUGAUACUGCCACAUUGGAUAAGAUUAUUGACUCCUUGACUUCUCUAGCUAAUGCACAUGAUGGAGAUCAUUAUGCCAGGGAAGAAACUGAAUUAUCUCUGAAGAUAGGAAAAGUCAAUGAGUGUGGAACUGGCAACAGCAUGGAUAAAGGAGGGCCAAAGGUUUUAAUUCUUGGAGCUGGAAGAGUCUGUCGACCAGCUGCAGAGUUUUUAGCAUCAUAUCCAAACAUUUAUAGUAAUGGUGCUAAUGACAAUAACACAGACCAACUUCAUGUUAUUGUGGCAUCUUUGUAUCAAAAAGAUUCAGAUGAGACAGUUGAUGGAAUUAAAAACGCAACAGCUACUCAGCUUGAUGUUACUGAUACUGGAAGUCUUUCAGAUCUUGUUUCACAGGUUGAAGUUGUAAUUAGCUUGUUGCCUACUAGUUUUCAUGCUGUCAUUGCAAGAGUAUGCAUAGAGCUCAAGAAGCACUUGGUCACAGCGAGCUAUGUUGAUGAAUCCAUGUCAAAGUUAGGCCAAGCUGCUGAAGGUGCAGGUGUAACUAUACUUUGUGAAAUGGGCCUGGAUCCUGGCAUAGAUCACAUGGUAUCAAUGAAGAUGAUUGAUGAAGCACAUGCUCGAAAGGGAAAAAUAAAGGCAUUUACAUCUUUCUGUGGUGGACUUCCAUCUCCAGCUGCUGCGAACAAUCCACUGGCCUAUAAGUUCAGUUGGAACCCAGCUGGUGCCCUCCGAGCUGGGAGCAAUCCUGCUGUCUACAAAUUUCUUGGACAGGUCGUCCAUGUAGACGGUAAUAAAUUAUACAACUCUGCAAAGAGGCUCAGACUACCGGAGCUUCCAGCUUUUGCUCUUGAACACUUGCCAAAUCGGAAUUCCUUGAUAUAUGGAGACCUGUAUGGGAUCUCCAAAGAAGCAUCUACUGUAUACAGGGCUACUCUUCGCUAUGAGGGAUUUAGUGAUAUAAUGGCUACCCUGUCAAAAACUGGGUUUUUUUAUGCUGCAAAUCAUCCACUGCUGCAAGAGAUUAAUCACCCAACAUAUAUGGGUUUUCUUGAUGAACUCCUUAAUGUAAAUGAUAUCUCUACUACUACCACAAACGUAAAUGCUGAAGUUUCCGGAGGACAUGAUGAUGAAUUGGUCUCGAGACUAUUGAUCCUUGGGCAUUGCAAAGACAAAGAAACAGCUGUUAAGACAGUCAAAACCAUCAAGUUCUUGGGACUACAUGAGGAGACACAAAUUCCUAAGGAUUGUUCUAGUGCAUUCGAUGUGAUUUGCCAAAGAAUGGAACAGAGGAUGGCCUAUCACGAUGAUGAGCAGGACAUGGUACUGCUACACCACGAACUGGAGGUGGAAUACUCUGACGGGCGGCCGACCGAAAAGCACCAAGCAACUCUACUGGAGUUUGGAAAGGUUGAAAAUGGCAGAUCCAACACUGCCAUGGCGCUCACCGUCGGGAUACCAGCAGCAAUUGGGGCGUUGCUCUUGCUCCAGAACAAGGUACAGAGGAAAGGAGUGAUCAGGCCUCUGGAACCUGAAAUCUACAUUCCAGCACUAGAGAUCUUGGAAUCAUCAGGCAUCAAGCUGACGGAGAGAGUGGAGACUUGAGAAUUCCAAGUUACUGCAUAGAUCGAUAUAGCAGCGUACUUAUAGCCUCCGCUAGCUUCUCUACAUAUUAUGUUUUGUUGUAAGCGAGGGCAAAGAACCAACUCCCAAAGAACAUACGAUGGCUUGUCCUUGGUGUAAUUAGUGGACCCUCUGCUCUAUAUACCCCCUAUGAAUGAAUAAAAUACCAAAUCAGCUGGUUCGUUUUCGGGCUUA